AUGUUGAAACCCAUGAUUUAUCACACCAAAGCACUGUCUACACACACUAGCGAGAAUGAGGUGGAGAUGUGUGUGGUUGAGUUUCUUGCUUUGUCUGUCGAUAUUGUCACAAAUGUACAAGCCAGGCUGGUUCGCAACCAUGUCAGCAGCAUCUGCAGCACAUGGGGCAGAAACCACUUCAAGACCUUUGACGGUGACAUGUACGAGUUCCCCACCAUGUGUGAAUACAACCUGGUCUCUGACUGCCACGAUUCCUUCCAGGAGUUCUCUGUGCACAUGAGGAGGAAAGAGACUGAUGGGAACCCGACAGUCAGUUAUGUGGUGGUCACUAUCAGUGACCUCUCAUUCCACAUCAGCAAGAGUGUGGUCACUGUCAAUGCUCAGCUUGUUGAAAUGCCAUACUACAACGCAGGAGUACAAGUGGAAAAAAAUGCGGUGUACAUCAAACUCCAGUCAAAAGUCGGCAUCACUGUCAUGUGGAAUGGUGACGAUGCAGUCAUGGUGGAACUGGAUCAUGACUACGCUAAUCGAACUUGUGGACUUUGUGGAGACUUCAACGGUGUUUUGCUCCACAAUGAGUUCAUACAUCAUGGUCGCAAAAUAAGCCCAUUUGAGUUUGGCAACAGACACAGGGUUCAUCGUCCAAAUGAUGAUUGUGAGAAUCCCAGUGAAGAGGAAGAUGAAUCACUGGCUGCUGAACAAUUGUCAGAUUCAUGCACCCAGUUUCAACCCUUUUGUAUGCAGAUGUUGAGUUCAGGGUCUUGGAGCUCCUGCACCAGUCUAAUUGACCCUGAACCUUACAUCCAGGCCUGUGUGCAGGACAUGUGUGGCUGCAACGUCACAAAUGACUUCUGUGUCUGCAGCACGCUGUCCGAGUUCUCUCGACUAUGUUCCCAUGCAGGAGGGCAGCCUCCUAACUGGAGGACGCCUCACUUCUGCGAUAAACAGUGUCCAUUCAACAUGGUUUACCAAGAGAGUGGUUCUCCUUGCAUGGACACUUGCUCAUAUCGGGACACAAGUUCACUGUGUGAGGACCACAAAAUGGACGGCUGCUUCUGUCCUCCUGGAACUGUGUUUGACGAUAUCUCUGAGAGAGGGUGCAUCAGUCAGUCUGAAUGUCAGUGCAAAGACGACAAAAUCUAUAACUCCGGUGAGGUUAACCGCCAGGGCCAAACUGAAUGUACAUGUGUGAUGGGAAGCUGGUCUUGUAAGAAACAGCUUGAAAUGCCUGCUACAUGUGCAGUCGAGGAGGGUUCACAUGUAACGACCUUUGAUGGGAAAACCUUCACCUUCCAUGGAGAAUGUCACUACACUCUAGCCAAGGUGCAAAGCAAGGAUGAUAAAAGUCCAAAAUUUACCAUCCUGGUCCAGCUGAUACCUUGUGUAAACCAGGAGUACGACACGUGUCUUAAAACUCUCAAGCUUUUGCUGAACAAUGACAAACACAAUGUAUUAACAUUCACUUCAGAUGGAAAAGUGAAGCAAAACUCACAGAUAAUGAGUUUGCCAUAUCAGGUACAAGGUGUCCUCUACAUAUUUCGUGCCUCAUCCUUCCACAUCUUGCUCCAGACCAGUUUUGGGUUGCAAAUUCAGAUUCAGCAUGUGCCAAUGAUGCAAGUCUAUGUCAGCCUGGAGCACAGCUACAGGGCAAAGACACAAGGUUUGUGUGGGAACUACAACAUGGUCCUGGCUGAUGACAUGAAGACACCUCAGGGAAUUGUGGAGGGAACAGCAGUAACUUUUAGCAACUCGUGGAAGGCUAACCACAUGUGUCAAGACAGGACGGAAAGACUUGAUGACCCCUGUUCUCUUAGUGUGGAGAAUGAGAAGUAUGCCCAGCACUGGUGUGCUUUGCUGCUAAAGACAAACGCUACAUUUGCACAGUGUCAUUCAGUGGUGGAUCCUGAGCUGUAUCACAAGAGGUGCACCUAUGCAAGCUGUAACUGUGAGAAGAGCGAGGCCUGCCUGUGUGCUGUCUUGUCGUCUUAUGCACGGGCAUGUGCAUCAAAGGGAGUGUUUUUGACAGACUGGAGAGACAAUGUGUGUGAUAAAUACAUGAGGAACUGCCCAAUGUCUCAGACCUUCUCUUACAAACAUCAGAGAUGCCAGUUGACUUGCAAAUCUCUGAGCUCAAAGCAGCAGAGCUGCAUCACUGACUUCUUGCCUGUGGAUGGCUGCUCCUGCUCUGAGGGUCUCUAUCUAAAUGAAAAUGACAUAUGUGUCCCCAUGGCCAAGUGUCCAUGCUACUAUAAUGAAGUGCAAAUCAAGCCUGGGAAGUCCAUCAACAUCAAAGAUGAGCACUGGACUCCACAGAGUGUGAAUCUGGCUGUUAUUGUCCCAGUGGCCUCAUUGAUGAUGGAAAAGAACAAAUGUGGCAAUAAAACGGUGCAGGAGAACUUUGGAGUUAUCACAGAAAAUGCACCAUGUGGAACUACAGGCACCACAUGCUCCAAAAUCGUCAGAGUCCUACUUGGGCGAAUGGAAAUUAAACUGUCAAAGGGGAAACACGAAGAGCAGGACUUGGGACAUGGCCCUCAGAUUCAAUACAGAAUAAGUAAAUUUGGCUUAUAUCUGGUGAUAGAAUCUGCCAUUGGUCUGACAGUGAUGUGGGAUCGCAAAACAACUGUUCGCAUCCUCCUGGAACCACAGCACAGUGGAGAGGUAUGUGGCCUGUGUGGAGAUUUUGAUGGUGAUGGCCAUGACUUCAUCACUCAGAACCAGAUGGUAGUGAGCAGUCCUGUAAAAUUUGCAAACAGCUGGAAAGUGUCCAGUGGCUGCAGAGAUAUGAGAAUGAAUGUCAAUCCUUGUGAAGCUGAACCAAAACGACAUUUGUGGGCAAAAAUGACGUGCAGCAUUAUAACUGGGGAGACUUUCAAAGAGUGCCACAAUAAGGUAGAGCCCCAUCCAUUUUAUGACAACUGCGUGACAGACGCAUGUGCCUGUGACACUGGAGGAGACUGUGAGUGUUUUUGUACAGCAGUUGCAGCUUAUGCUCAAGCUUGUAAUGACGCUGGUGUCUGUGUUUCAUGGAGGACUCCAAAAAUCUGUCCUGUCUUUUGUGAUUAUUACAAUGGUCCACAAGAAUGCAAGUGGCACUAUAACCCUUGUCAUACAACCUGCUACAAGACCUGUUUAAAUCCUCAAGGAAAUUGUAGUGCCACUCUACCCCUCGUGGAAGGCUGCUAUCCUGUAUGCCCUGAAGAUAGACCCAUAUUUGAUGAAGAUAAGGAGAUAUGUGUGGAGGAAUGCUCAGACUCUUACUUCAACUUUACAGCCAACAACCACAAAAGAGUCUACAACAUUCCCAACAACACCUUUUACAAAAACUGCACAGCCAACUUCAACCACAACCCCUUACACCAAGUAUCCCACUUCAACUCAAGAGCCAACAACCACAACGGAAUCUACAUCCAUUCCAACCACACCUGCUACAGCAACUACAACAGCAAAAUCCACAACCCCUCACAGUGA